CACCUAACGGAAAAGAGUCUAACUAGCAGCACUACGUGAUCGAUCAACAGUGUGUGCGAUUUGUUUGAUUAAAGUCAGCAUAUUAAAUAAACUAUUACAUAAAUUAUGCCGAAAGUUGUAUCAAGGAGCAUUAUAUGCUCUGAUACAAAAGAUCAGGAAGAAUACAGCGAGGAAAAGCCAUUGCAUAUAUAUUAUUGUCUAUGUGGACAGAUGACACUCAUUUUAGAUUGUGCUAUUGAGAAAUUACCACUACGAAAGAAGGAUGGUGCAAGAGUUAUCGAUGGCAGUAAACAUGCCCAUAAAAUGACUUCAGAACGAGAUGAACUUGUAUUUCUUAAGCGUCCAGAGGGGAUCGAGAAACAAUAUAGACAGAAGUGUAAAAAAUGUGGUCUAUUACUGUACUACAAGCACGAUCCAGCAGCAAAUAUAGUAUUUAUAGUUAAAGGUUCAGUGAUAAAAAGUUCUGGAGAAGGUCCUAUGACAGAUAUUUAUAAUCAAGUAGCCAUUGAAAAACCUAAAAAGAUAAUGGUCACAAAACAUACUAAGAAUAUGGGAAAGUUCAGUUCAGUCACUGUAUCUACAAUUGAUGAGGAAGAGGAUGAAAUUGAAGCUAGAGAAGUUGCUGAUUCAUAUGCAAACAAUGCACGCAUCAUAGAGAAACAAUUGGAGAGGAAAGGUAUGAAUAAGCGGAAAACUAUGCCAUCCUCUGAAACAGAUUCAAAACGUGCAAGACCAAGAGGGACAUUAUUAGAUGUUUGAUUUUCUGUUCAUUUUCUUUUAUAAUUAUGUGUAUUAACUUACUAUAAAUUUAACUUGUAAUGUAAAUAAAUUAUUUUUUAUAUAUA